CUCCCACAAAACCAAAAGAAAGCAGAUGAGAGAAGAAGAACAAACAAUGUCAGAGUUUGUAGCUCAGAGCUUCUUAUUUUUUCCUAUCCUGGAUCUCAUCUGACAUAAUUUCUGAAGAUCUUGUGCCCCCCAAAAACUCCAAACCCUUUUCUUAUCCAGUGUUUCCCAGGAUCACUCUGAUCACAGACCAAGCUCUGCCAUUUUCUAAGUCUCUAUGUGCUUUUACAGCUAACUCUGCUUCUAUAUGAGAUGGCAAAGCAUGGAAGAGCCAAACGUAUUUAACCCCAUUUCAAGAUACACAGAACCAGCAGGCCUCCAUAUUCUCUGAACUCCAAUUUAAAAUCUUGUUUUUUUGGUCCCUAUCAAUACACACAUUUUUGUGACUUGACUUCAGCCCAUACCCUUUUGGUUUCUCUCUGAGUUUUUGUUCAUAUUAAUGGUGUCUGGAUUGUUCUAUAAACUUGAAUAUGGAGUUGUGGUUUUAAUACAGAAGAAACUGGAGCUGGGUUUGAGCACUAGUCCUAAUCCCAUUCAUGUUGACUUGAUGAGCUUUUUGAUUGCCGGGUCAUUUGGAUGAUACAGAAAGGUUUGCUUAGAAUGAUUGUACCCUGUUGGAGGCCAUCUCUGGAGGAAGAUGGUGCUCGACGGGUUGGCGAAGCCAGUGGACGUGUUGAAGGGUUGAUGUGGUACAAGGACUUGGGCAACCAUGCUUGGGGGCAAUUCUCAAUGGCUGUGAUCCAAGCCAAUAGUACUUUGGAGGAUCAAAGCCAGCUCGAGUCCGGGUUUCUGAGUUCAAAUAAGUCCGGUCCUCAGGGGACCUUCGUUGGGAUUUACGAUGGACAUGGAGGCCCCGAGGCUUCAAGAUUUGUAAACGACAAUCUUUUCAGCAAUCUGCAGAGAUUUGCAUCAGAGCAUCGAAGCGUAUCGGAACAUGUUAUCCGGAAGGCGUUUUUGGCCACGGAAGAGAACUUCCUCUCUGUUGUGAAGAAGCAGUGGCUAACUAAGCCGCAGAUUGCAUCUGCAGGAACAUGUUGUUUGGUCGGAGUAGUGUGUAAUGGACUUUUAUACACAGCGAAUGUUGGGGACUCGAGGCUGGUUCUAGGGAAACUAGAAAGGGCCACCAGGGAAGUCAUAGCUGUUCAAUUGUCUACAGAGCACAAUGCAAGUAUAGAAUCAGUGAGACAGGAACUCAAGACUACUCAUCCUCAUGAUCCACAGAUUGUGGUGUUGAGACACAAAGUUUGGCGCGUCAAGGGCCUCAUACAGGUUUCAAGAUCCAUUGGUGAUGCAUAUCUAAAGAAGCCAGAGUUCAACAGGGAACCUUUGCUACCCAAGUUUAGGUUACCAGAUCCUGAAUUCCUCAAACCAAUCCUGAGUCCGGAUCCGUCGAUAUCGGUACUCAAACUCCGACCAGAAGAUCAAUUUCUCAUAUUUGCUUCUGAUGGUCUGUGGGAGCAUCUUAGCAACCAGGAGGCUGUCGACAUUGUUGGGAAUAACCCACGCAGGGGAAUUGCCAGGAAACUUAUAGAAGCUGCACUACAAGAAGCAGCAAAAAAGAGGGAAGUGAGGUUUGCAGACUUGAAAAAGAUAGAGCGAGGAGUGAGACGACAUUUUCACGACGACAUCAGUGUAGUAGUAGUGUUUCUAGAUCACAGUCAGUUGAAAAAUGGAACCUCUCCUCGCAGAUCUAAUAUUUCAGUGACACCCAACUUCUAAAUCAGGCCUCAUUCAUCUGCUGCAUCCUCCUAGUGUGGAAGUCGAUGUAGCGGAAUGUUGUGCACGACCACAUUAUAGCCACUACUACAUCUGAAAGCUGAAAAAUGGAAAUCAAAGACGAUCAACUCUCAACGCGACAUUCUUCAAAUGGCUUAUGCGACCGCACAUAGAACUUGGAGUUGUAAAAAUUGAUUACUUGUUGCAACUUCUGUAAUUUAAAUGUUAGGUUUCACCUUUUGUUAUCCAAAAAGAACUUAAAUAUUUCACCAAGUCACCAACUCCAUGCACCACCUUCAUUUGAUACAAAACACGUACGACUUGAAUACCACCCAACUGCAAUACUGUGCAACAUCCAUUUC